GAUUUGACCCUUUCGUCUUCCUCUCUCUUCCCCUACUCUUCCUCUUUUCCUUGACAAUAAAGUCUUCCUUUCUUACGCCUCUACAUUACCAGUCCAUUCGCUCUGCAAUCCGGACCCAACCAGAAGAAGCUCGUCUCUGCAACAAUGGCGGGUUCGUCAGCUUCCAACAACAGGCCCCAUGUCGCAGUUUCAAAGGUGAGUUCCCGUGUUCAAACCAAGUCAUACGCGCAUUUUGUUUUCAAGUUCGUUCUCGUUGCAUGUGUUCUCGUUUCUCUUCCGCUAUUCCCUUCACAAGCUCCCGAAUCCAUCAACAAGACCAUGCUCGCCAAAUUCUGGGAGCUUCUUCACCUCACAUUCAUCGGCAUUGCCGUCUGUUACGGUUUGUUUAGCCGUCGAAAUGCCGACACGGACAUCGAAAUUCCCUCUAGCGCCGAUAAUUCUGAGUCAUAUAUGUCUAAAAUGCUUCAUGUUUCGGCGAUUUUUGAAGAUGGGUUUGAAAAUCCAUCUGGGUCGGCCGAGAGGAAAAGGACUCAAACUUGGAAUUCUCAGUGCUUUAGGUCUGAACCCAUGGUUGCAGUAACCGAUGGAAGAUGCGUUGUCAGCGGACAGUGUGAUGCAGAUUCGAGGAUUGAAAAUAAACCGGUGGGAUUCCCCGGUGGGAGGCUGAGGUGGGGAAAUUUAGACCAUGGCACUCUUGAGUACAUUAAUGGUGGUAUCUCUGAAUCAGGACCGAAGGGUUCUUCUAACAGUUUUGGUGGAAUUAAAAAAGGGAACUUUGUUGAAUUGGGUACUUCAAGUAUGGAUGAAAAUGUGGAGGAACCUCGUGUCUUACCUUCACCAAUUCCAUGGCGUUUGAGAUCAAGGAGAAUGGAAGCGGAAGAAGCAGUAAGUUUUGUUGCUCCCUCAGAAUCCGUGCCGCUCUCAGUUGAGGAAUGCCACUCUGAACUGCCUGAAUCAUGGUCGUUUGAGUCCACAAGAUCAUUCUCGUCUAAAACCAGUUCGAGGGAAGAAAUGGGCAUUGUUACUUCUUCAGAUUCUAUGCCUCUUUCAGUAGAGGAAACACAAUUUGAACCGUACGAAUCACAUUCUUUCCAGCCUGCUAGAUCUCCCUGGUUUAGAGCAGGUUAUACUGGAGAAGUGGGCACUUUUACUGGUUUGGACUCUAUGCCUCCCUCAGGAGAGGAAUUUCAAUUUGAUCUGCCCAAGUCACAGUCUUUCUGGUCUAACAGAACUCCCUGGUCAAGAACAAGUUCGAGAGACGAAGGGGGCAUUGUUACUCCUUCAGGCUCUAUGCAUCUUCCUGUAGGGGAAACUCAAUUUGAGCAGCACGAAUCGCAUGAAUCACAGUCUUUCUGGUCUACAACAUCUCCAUGGACAAGAACAGGCUCUACAGAAGAAGCAGGCACUUUUACUGGUUUGGAUUCUAUGCCUCCCUCUCUAGAGGAAUUUCAAUAUGAACCGCCCAAAUCACGAUCUUUUCGAUCUAGAAGAACUUCCCGGUCUAGAACAAGUAUGAGAGAUGAAGUGGACAUUGUUACUCCUUCAGAUUCUAUGCCGUUUACAGCAGAGGAAAUUCAAUUUGAUUCGCAGCAGCCCACGAGAAAUUCCUGGUCUAGAGGUAGUUCAAGAGAAGAAAUGGGCACUGCUACUGCUUCAGAUUCAAUGCCUCCUUCAGAAGAGGAAUUUCAAUUUGAACCAUUUGAGUCACAGUCUUUCCAGUCAAGUUCUUUCUCGUCUGGAACCAGUUCAAUAUCUUCUUCACCCACCAUGCUGUCUCCAUCUUCCUCUGUAACUUCAGAAGUGCCAAACUCAAAGAUAGAAGAAUUGGAGGAAAAGAAGAGUUCUGCAUCUUCUUCUACUACUUCAGAAUUUCCAAACUCAAAAAUAGAAGAACGGGAUGGAAAGAAGAGUUCUCCAUCAUCCUCUAUAACUUCAGAAUUGCCAAACUCCAGCAAAGAACUGGAUGCAGAGAAGAGUUCAUAUAUUUCUGUCUUUCCAUCCAUGUCUCCAUAUCAAGUGCCACUGUCACAUUCUCACCAACAUAGUUAUGGCUCUUUUUCUGAGUUGAAUGUGCCAAACAGCUUCAAAGAUAAGUCAAAGUAUUUGAGGAGGAGUGGAAAAGAGGAUUUGUCAGGCAACAAAGAAUGGAACCUGGAUGCUUUGAAGUCAGACACAAAACCUAAAACAAUUGCUAAGGCUUCAUUUAGGGGAAAAUCAGUUAGAACAAUUAGAGCAAGUGAAAAUGCUGUGGAGGCAAGGAAAGCUGGAGAGAUUUGUCAACCCCAAGGAAAUUACAUGGUUGGUAACCAAGUUGAAGCAGAACUGAUGGGAAAAGCUGGAAGAAAAACAGGACAUGGUAUAUCAGUCAGCAAUGGAAAGCAGGAUCUAGAUAAUCCUGCUGUGUGGGCAAGGAAGCCUGGAGAGAUUUUUCGAGACCAAAGAGAUGACAUGGUAGGGAAGAGAUAUAAUAAAGUUGAAGCAGAGUUGAUGGGAAAAGCUGGAAGGAAACCAGGAGGACAUGAUAACCUGUCAUUCGGCAGUAGAAAACAGAAUCUUGACAACCCUAUUCCAAAGCAAAAGUCAGCAUUCCACAAAUCUAAGAAUGGAGGGAAGCAAGAAUUUAACGAGAAUAUCAUUGUAGAAUCUGAUGGAGGCUUGGAGUGUGAGGGUGACAAACUUCCAUUAACCUCAAAUGGAGAAGAAUAUGGUGCAGAAGCUGACACAAGUGAGGUUGAUAAGAAGGCGGGUGAGUUUAUAGCCAAGUUUAGACAGCAGAUUAGUCAUGAGAAAAUUUCAGGAAAUGAGGUUGAUAAGAAGGCUGGUGAGUUUAUAGCAAAGUUCAGGGAGCAGAUUAGGCUUGAGACAGGACCAGCACGGGCUUCCUGAGCAACUCUCUAGCAAUAGAACCUAAGUUGGAUCCACGAGAUGGUGAGCAACCAGCCUGCUUGGGUCAGGUGGUGCAUGUGCGUAUGUCAUGGUGUGAUACUCUUCAAGAAUGGGUGAGCAAUAUAAUUGUUAUCCUUGUGCAAAAAUGUAAGGGACUCGAAAAAAAUUGUAUGUUGAGAGGUUGAAAGUGCGGGUUCUUUCACUUCAUCGUGCAUAGGUGGUGCAAUGUGUUGUUUUUUUGAGUAAUGUUUUGGUGGUUUAGGAAGAAAGAGCGUGGUGGGAGUUCGAGGAAGGUUUGCCUAGCCUAGAUAGUGUUGGGGCAAUCUUGGGAGUACUUCAUGUGGGAAUUAUAAUGGAAGGCAUAGUGCUUUUUUUUUUUUUUGUAAUGCUUUGUGGGGUCAGUGAUAGGGUCUCUGGUUUUUUCUAUUUAUUUUUUAUUUUUCGAAAGUAAACUUACUAAUGCAUAGCAGGUUUGCUUAUUCCUUGCAAUUGAAUAAGGUGUGAGAUUCUCUUGUAUAAUAUUGGGGCCAUCUUGAGUCAUGGGUCCAUGAUAGUAACCCAUAUCUUAAGAGAACUUACAUUACUUGUUAUGGGUUGCAACAGAUGACUUGAGUAUGCAUCAAUACAGAUUCUUAUUUGCUCUAUCA